GACCUACAGGCGCCAUGGCACGCGUUGCAGCGGCAUCGAGCAAGAAGAAGCCACUUUUCCGAUUGCUUUCGCUGAUGGCACUGUCCUGGGCGUGCUUGCCGUGCUCAUCGCGAUCUUCGUCUUCGACAUCUUCAAGCAUAUCGACAGGAGUGCCUUGUGCUGCCUUCCGCCCCUCGUCCUCAUCGUCAACUUCGUCCUCUUCGAGUGCCGCCGAGCUCUUCAGGAGGCACGGCAAGCCGCCCGAAGCACGCCGGGCUGCAAGGGACGCAGGGCCGAGAGCGAAAGUAUUUCCCGGACAGCGCAGGCGGAAGAGCCUUCGGAACCUGGCGAAGACGAAGAUAAGGCGAGGUUUGUUUGUACUUUCCGUGUGUGCUCGGAUUUCGCAUCGAAAGCUGCUCGGCGGGAUGUCGAGGAGCAGGCCGCCUCUGCGCAGACCGCAGACCCGCUCGAAGGUGCUAAGCAGGACGAUCUUGCCGCAGCCCGACAACUGCGCGACUCUGCCAUCAGCAGACUGCAAACAGCCAUCAGCGGAUGGGAAAAUGCCGUGCAAGCCAACAACACCGAGGCAGCGGAGAAGUGGGAAACAAAGGUCAACAGCGCCGAAGAAAAGGUCGAGAGGGCCGAAGAGAAGGUCGACAGGGCCAAGGUCGAGCUCGACAGGGCCAAGCAGGAUCUCAAGGAGGCCAAGGAGGCGGCGAAAGCAAGCGUGCCGGCAGGACGAGUGCAGGCCGGGGCUUCUGCGUGUGCAGUUGUUGCUGUUGACUUUGGUUUGCAGCACUCCCGCAUGGUCGUCGCUGCGUUUGUUUUUGGUGUUUGUGUGCAGGCAGGAUCUACUCUUCUGAAGGACUUUGGCGGCGAGCUUCCCAAUCUUGACGAUCGCUUCUUGGAUGGACGCAUCAACAACAAAGAAGAUCGUUCGUUCUUGGAGAGGGAGACAGUUGUGGACCAGGUUUUGGCUGAGAUGAACAAGACGACCGAGACAAAAGGGUUGUAUAAGCCUAGGCUCGUUGCUCUUUGGAGCCCUAGGGGCACGGGCAAGACAUCGCUAGUUCGACACCUCGCGCAAAGCAAGCAGUAUGCUGACAGCCGCAGAUGUGGACGGCUGCUGGUGUUCGAUGCAUUUGAGCUAGAGCAACACUUGAGCACGGAUGCUGACGCGCUGGUGUCGGCCAUCAUCAUUUGGCAUCUUCUGCAGAUCUUCCACGACUACACUGUGGAAGUUGCGCCGGGGCAAAACGUCGUUUUUGAGCGCAGGGACUUUGGUCCUGUGUUGCAGCUUCUGGAGCAGAGCGGCUCGACUCCAACCCCAUCAGGUGACAGUGUUCUGUCGUGGAUUGCGUCCUGUUGUAAGAGCAAGCGCGAUGUGCUCGAACAGUGGCUGUCAAUUACCGAACAAGCAUUAGCGGCGCCAAAAGACUGCCCUCGUCUUUUUUUCUUGGAUCAGGCAGAACUCCUUGCGAGCGAAAGCAAGGGACAGAGCAGCAAGGAAGGAACAAAGUCAACGCUUACGGACAUUUCUUCAAGGCUUCCCCAGCAGAUGGCCUGCUUCUGUACAGGCACACUGAACCUGAUGAAAGAUCGCCCGGCCUCCGAGUACACAAAGCUUGUCGUCUGUGGCUUAGCAGCGCUUGCGCCGCUGUCUCGAGACGCUGCUGACUUGGCCAUGAAACACUGGAACGGGACGCAGUAUGACGAGAAUGUGCUCAACCAAAUUGUGCUUUUCUCGGGUGGAGUUCCUCGACUAUUGCGGUAUGCUUCCGAGACGAGCGGAGUCUUGAGGUCAACCGCACAAACUGCGCUGAAUGAAAUGUCGCGGUGCCUCGAGGAGUCGUAUGGGUCUGCCGGACCUUAUUUUUCUGACCCAGACAUUGCUUCAUCACUGGUUCUUUGCUCGGCCGUUCGGUGGCCGACAGCAGAUACCGGUCUUUAUAGUACUGUUCCUGGAACAUCUACAGCAUGGUCAGAGAUUUUCAAUGCAGGAGCGGCAUUUCCAGCUAACAACUCAGUACUGGUUCCACGGGUUUGGUGGUGUUCUGACAAAGCGGUCCGCCAGCAGCUUGAGGAUGCGUUGAAGGCCUUGAACAUCCGUCUGGAUCGUCUCCUGCCAGAUUCGUUGCAGUUGGUAUUGCAAAGCAGCCAGGGGAGCCUUGCGAGAGGAAAGCCGUGGGAAGAGCUGGUUGCACAUUCCCUAGCGGCACGGUUCCACCUUUAUUGCAUGCAACGCAAGUGUACCGCCAACAACACCUGGGCUCCCUUCCUGGAGAUCUAUCCGACAGACAACGCACAUUUGCAAAUGGUGUUGGAAGCAUUUGAGGUUUGCUGGAGGGAUGGGGUAUCGUACCCACAGAGUGAAGCCAGUGUCUCUGACGCUGCUGGACAUGCUAUUAUGUGCAAUGUUCCGUCUCGGAAUGCUCACCAUGACUUGUUGAUUCCCGUGAAGCGGGUGAAGUGUGGUACGUGUGAGUACAUUGCAGCCUAG